AUGUUCACGAAUUCGGCGAAGACGUCUUUUCGCAACUUGUACGCCGUUGUGGUCGAAGGACCGUCGAGGACGGCUUUAAGCCAGCAGAAGCAAAAGCAGGAGGGCAACCUUCCGCAAGCGCCAACCCGCAUGCGCUCCCAAUCACUCGACGAAACACCCUUGCGCCCGGUCCUGCGCCCGUCCUCGGACUCAUUCGCCACAUACGCGCCACCGAGCGCAGGCAUCCCGCGGCGCCCGAGCUUCCAGCGUACGCGCUCGGUACAGUUCGAAGAUCUGCCGCGCCCAUCGCAGAUGUACGGCCGCCGCACACGGAGGAGGUCGCAGAGCAAGAGCAUGUGGGACCGCUGGAGCGCGCUGUUCGCCACGGGCAGCAACUUGAAUAUGCAGAGGAGGUGGCCCUGA